CCCUUCAGUCUAGCACAGGUAUAUCCGCUCCUCCCUUUCAGUCUUGCACAGAUGUACCAGCUCCUCCCCUUCAGUCUUGCGCAGGUGUACCGGCUCCUCCCCUUCAGUCUAGCACAGGUGUACCGGCUCCUCCCAUUCAGUCUAGCACAGCUAUAUCCGCUCCUCCCCUUCAGUCUUGCACAGAUGUACCAGCUCCUCCCCUUCAGUCUUGCGCAGGUGUACCGGCUCCUCCCCUUCAGUCUUGCACAGGUGUACUGGCUCCUCCCCUUCAGUCUUGCACAGGUGUACCGGCUCCUCCCCUUCAGUCUUGCACAGGUGUGCCGGCUCUUCCCCUCCAGUCCUGCACAGGUGUGCCGGCUCCUCCCCUCCAGUCCUGCACAGGUGUACUGGCUCCUCCCCUUCAGUCUUGCAAAGGUGUAUCAGCUCCUCCCCUUCAGUCUUGCACAGGUGUACAAGCUCCUCCCCUUCAGUCUUGCACAGGUGUACCGGCUCCUCCCCUUCAGUCUUGCACAGGUGUACCGGCUCCUCCCCUUCAGUCUUGCACAGGUGUACCGGCUCCUCCCCUUCAGUCUUGCACAGGUGUACCGGCUCCUCCCCUUCAGU